GCAACCUACCACUGGACAGGGGCCUCGGGCAACAGGCGGCAACCUACCACUGGGCAGGGGCCUCGGGCAACAGGCAACAACCUACCACUGGGCAGGGGCCUCGGGCAACAGGCGGCAACCUACUACUGGGCAGGGGCCUCGGGCAACAGGCGGCAACCUACCACUGGGCAGGGGCCUCGGGCAACAGGCGGCAACCUACCACUGGGCAGGGGCCUUGGGCAACAGGCUGCAACCUAUCACUGGGCAGGGGCCUCGGGCAACAGGUGGCAACCUACCCCUGGGCAGGGGCCUCGGGCAACAGUCGGCAAUCUACCCCUGGGAAGGGGUCUCGGGCAACAGGCGGAAACCUACCACUGGGCAGGGGUCUCGGGCAACAGGCGGCAACCUACCACUGGGCAGGGGCCUCGGGCAACAGGUGGCAAUCUACCCCUGGGCAGGGGUCUUGGACAACAGGCGGCAACCUACCACUGGGCAGGGGCCUCGGGCAACAGGCAGCAACCUACCACUGGGCAGGGGCCUCGGGGACUCAACGGGACUCUAGCUGUGGAGUCUGGCCACAGCACAGCUCCCACCCAGCUUUCUAGGGUCAUU